CUUGUGUUGUUGUUUUAUUUCACUUAUCUAUUUAUGGUCGAAAUAGCGAAGGAAUAAUAUGGUUCCUAGUGUCUGAAUGUACUGAUGUAGUACAUUAGUCGUAAAUUAGUUUGUCUUUCGGCAUAAUUAUGAAUUCAUAUCUUUGGGUGUAGGAUAUUUGGCUAGCUAAAGGAUAAAACACGGCACUGUCAGAAAUACGGUAGAUAUUGAUGAACUGGCGUAUCAGAUUGCAGAAUUAUGGGAAAAGUCAAGGAAAACCAGACUAUUGUGGAAUUUUUUGAACGAGUUUACUGUGGAAAAGAACAAUUACUUGCAGAUCCCCCAAUGUUGCCACAAGCUGGGACAUGCUAUGCAUUCAGUUCUGCUGGAAAUAAAAGCAAGAAACAGGACUGGCGAGCAGAUGGAUAUCGAUGGCGUCAAAAUGGAGCGAAGAAUAUCAAAUGUAAUGGUCACUUAAUUAAAAAGAUUUAUUUCAAUGUUUUCACUGGACCAAAACAAUCAAGCAAAGGUUUUCAAAGAAUUGCCCAUCAAUGUCGAGAUUUUCCGAACAUAGUCAUUGUUUUAUACAAAGGCGAUCACACCAUUGCAGGCAGAUUCCCACAUGGUAACUGUCGACGUGGUAAUACGCCCUUUUCUAUGACUCGGAAAUCAGUAUUAGAGGCUUGUAGGAAUUCUGUUGGUGAUCCAGGUGAAAUAUAUGACAAAUUGGUAACAUCAAUGAAUCCUCGCUCAAUGGAAUUCCAUGUUUCUAUACCAAGAAAUACAUCACAGAUACAUUAUUUACAAAAAACACAAAAGAAAAAACAAAAGUUAAUAUGUGAAAUUUUAAAAAAGAUGGAUGCUACAUCAUUGAACACUUCCCUUAAAACCCAUAUUAAUCCACAUCCGGAUUUAUUCAUAAUGCUUUAUAGUAACAUUAUAUUUGAAUUAUUUUCAUCUUUAUUAUGUUUAAUAUCAUUGUCCGAAGAACAAAAAUUUACUUUUAAAUCUGUUUCAGUAGGUAAAUAUGAAUCUCGUGCAUUGAUUUAUCAUCAUGCUUAUUAUGUUGAUGGUGGCAUUCCAAUCAUGUUUUUUAUACAUAAAACUCCUCCCAAUAUCAAUCGAGAUGUUAUAUGGUCCACUAUUUGCAAGUUUGUACCGAAGUUGGCAGAUGUCGAAAAUAUAUCAGUUUCAUUUGAAAACAACGGUGCCAACUUUAAAGACCUAUCAAAUUUUUUAUCAUCUGAACCCUUUUCAACAAUCGUUAAUCAUUUGGAAAAAUUAGAUAGUUCGCCUAUGGAUGCAAUGGUUCAUUUACAAUGCAAUGCAUCAAAACUCCAUGAAAUAUCCUCAUAUUUUGCAAGCAGGAUAUCCAAUUUUAGGGAUCAGGAGUUACAGCCAAACAAAAGACAAUUGGAUAAAAUUUUUGCUAGUGGUUAUAGAAAUCCUAAAAUGCAGUACCAGUAUUCAAUAUCAACUUCUACUAGUAAGGCUAGAAAGCUAAAUCAAAUGAUUGGAACAGAGUCAUAUCAUCUCGCACUUAAUAUUGACCCCCAAAACAUUUCUUUAUGUCCGAAGAGUAGAUCUUUCAAUGUUAUUGAGAAAAAAUGCACAUAUGUUGUUGCUUUAUUUCCAAAAGAGACUUGCACCUGUUUGUUUGAACCAUCAUGUCACCAUAUCAUAGCCUGCAAAAUUUCAUUAGGGAUGAUCAAAAAGACUGAAAUUGAAAAAACUUUCAUGCAUGUCAUGUCAGAAUCUGAUACCAAUGACACAGUAGCACCAACUUUUACAUUUGAUAUGGUGCCAUGUGAUGAUACUGCAGAAAACGUUUAUAUUUCGAUUGAGAAUGAUGCUGAAAAUCAUAAUAUAUUAGAUGUAUCAUCUGAAAUAGUUGUUGAAUGACAUAUUUUCAUUACUGGUUACCAACAGGCCUGCGGAGUUUGAGUUUAGCAUACUUUUACUAAAACCAGAGUCACAGUUUUAAAUUCCCUGGAGAUGGAGUUGAAAUUAAAUGUUUUGAUCAAAAUCUCUUUUACGGGACACAAAGUGAAUCUAUGGGAUCGUUUUGUUGUUGUUGUGGAAAACUCUCUUUACUCUUUAAUAACUAGCCUACUGGACCAAUUACUUUGUAAUUUUCAGUGGUUAAAGAUUGUUGUUGUCGCUAGGAGGGUAUUACUUUUAUUUAUCCCAAAAAUUUAUGUGGGCUCUAUAAGAUUCAUUUUGUGUGAUAUUGUCAUCAAAAUUGUGCAUCGUGUGGUGGUUCCGAGAUAGCAUUCCUGUUUAAGUGCCUUUCAAUUUUUCAAUAUAUCUCAGCUCAAUAUAACCUACCGUAAUCUUCUCUUAGCUAAAAGUGGAAAUGUGUAAAUCCGCUUGGAAAUUAUUUUUUUAGAUUUGGUUGUUCACUAUAUUAUUUUAUGUUGCUACUAGAGUGUAUUAUUUUGGAUAGUAACGCUUCUAAUUUUUUCUACCUCUUCUCCUUGAUUUAG